UGCCGUAGAAGUCAGUUGGAACAAAACAGCGCGCAUUGACGCAACGAAAAUCCAAAGUCGGAAGAAAAUAAGAGCGCGAAGAAACGUUGUUUUCUGGGUUUUGGGCCAUAGUUUGAUAUGGCUGCCACUCUCCAGAAACUUGCAGUAUUCGUGUCGGGCAUAUGGAUCUGCCUCCUGCUCCUCAACCCCUUUCCACAAACCGGGGCAGUGGUUGGGCACAGAGAGCCGAUGCCUGACGACAGUAGAGACAACAUCACUAUUUUCACCCGGAUCCUGGACAGACUUCUGGAUGGCUACGACAACCGGCUUCGCCCCGGACUAGGAGCAGAGAGUGUGACGGAGGUGAGGACCAAUAUCUACGUGACCAGCUUUGGACCCGUGUCAGACACAGACAUGGAGUACACCAUCGAUGUGUUCUUCCGUCAGAGCUGGAGGGAUGAGAGGCUGAAGUUUGACGGGCCCAUGCAGGUCCUGCCUCUUAAUAACCUCCUGGCCAGUAAGAUCUGGACUCCAGACACCUUCUUCCACAACGGGAAGAAAUCUGUGGCCCACAACAUGACCACGCCCAACAAACUGCUACGACUGGUGGACAACGGUACCCUGCUUUACACUAUGAGGCUGACCAUCCACGCUGAGUGUCCCAUGCACUUGGAGGAUUUCCCCAUGGAUACACACGCCUGCCCUCUGAAGUUUGGGAGCUAUGCGUAUACAAACAAUGAGGUUGUCUAUCUCUGGACCAAAGGAGAUGAGGGCUCUGUAGUCGUAGCAGAUGAUGGGUCAAGGCUAAACCAGUAUGACCUACUGGGCCACGUUAUUGGGAAAGAAUCUAUGAUUUCCAGCACAGGAGAAUAUGUAGUGAUGACAACGUAUUUCCAUUUGAAAAGGAAAAUUGGCUAUUUUGUGAUUCAAACCUACCUUCCGUGCAUCAUGACUGUCAUCCUGUCUCAGGUCUCCUUCUGGCUAAACAGAGAGUCGGUUCCCGCCCGCACUGUAUUCGGUGUCACCACAGUUCUAACCAUGACAACCCUGAGUAUCAGUGCCAGGAACUCCCUGCCUAAGGUGGCUUAUGCCACAGCUAUGGACUGGUUCAUGGCGGUAUGCUAUGCCUUUGUCUUCUCUGCCCUGAUAGAGUUUGCCACAGUCAACUACUUUACCAAACGCAGUUGGGCGUGGGAUGGCAAGAAAGAGGCCCAGGAGAUGAGGAGAAGAGAAUCUGCCUCUCUUUCCAAAAAGGCCAAUAACACAUUCAACAUUGUUGGAACUACAUACACCCUCAACGAGGCAAAGGACCCAGGUUUAACCACCGUCUCCAGGAGUGCCACUACAGCUACACACCACCAACACCACCACCACCACCACCACCACAGCCACAAGGUUCCUAAAAUGGACGACAAUUACGUGGAAGCCAUAAAGUCCUACAACCGUGUCAGCAGAGUGGACAAGAUCUCACGCAUCAUCUUCCCUGUGCUGUUCUUCAUCUUCAACCUGGUCUAUUGGGCCACGUACAUCAACAGCAAGCCGCCUCCCAAGUCCACCACCCACAAUUAAACUCACCACGGCUGAAUAUUAGGCUGAGGUGGCAGGAGGCCGAGAGAUCCACGACAUGUUAUUGUAUCGUUGUUUUGGGCUUCAUUUUGAUAUUUGCGAGUCUCAAUAGGUCGCAGACAAACAUUCUCGUAGAUUUGUAUGUACAUAGUUGAACUAUAAAUGUUAAUUUGUUGUUACCUGAUUAUUCGUUUGUUUGAUAGAAUAGACGGAUGGUGUUUUCCUUUUCUCUUGACAUGAUAAAGGGGAGCAUGUGUUUGAAUCCUUCAUGGUAGCUCAUUACAGAGGAUCAGGUCCUGGUAAAUCACUGUGUGUAAACACACACUCUCUCACACACACACACACACACACACACACACACACACACACACACACACACACACACACACACACACACACACACACACACACACACACACACACACACACACACACACACACACACACACACACACACACACACACACACUCACACACACACACACACUCACACCAUUCACUCUGAAUUGCGUCAGGAUGCAGCAAGGAGAGCCAUUGGCUGCUUGUCACUAUAGCGAGCUCUUAUAGCCAGGGGCAGCAUGUAGAGUUCCAUAGGGACAUCAUUAAUAAUCCUCAGUGUCUGCCCUUCCGCUAGCGCUGAAUCUCAACAGACCCAACGCAAUAUCAUCUGGAAUUGCUUUUGUGUCCUAUCGGGCCUCUGCCUGUGUAUUUUCCAGUCCAGAGACUCCUAUUGUUUUAACAGGCUGAGUAUGUUUAAAGAGAAAGAAGCAGUGUGCCUUUUUGAAUACCCACAUCAUCAAAAUAAAGCUUUUCUCACACACAAACACAUACAUACAGUACAUACACACACACAAACACAUACAUACAGUACAUACACACACACACAAACACAUACAGUACAUACACACACACACAAAACACAUACAUAC